AAAAUAUUAUGUGCCCUGCAAAACACCAUCAAAUCCCAACCCAUCAUCUCUGUUUAUAUGUUCUUCUUCACUUAACAUCCUCUAAACCGUUCCUCACACUUUCUCUCCAUCCACAUCUCCAAAAACCUUAUUUCUCAAUCCAUUUCCAGUUUCUCAUCAAUCAAAUCUUCCGAUACACACUUAUUUUGAUUCAAUCUCAAUCUGUUUGAUUAUUUGAAUUCGUUCAAGUUUUUAUGCUUUCACUUUCAGUUGAUUCAAUCUGUUUAUCAUAGCGUUGAUUAUCAGCUGCUUUCAUCUUCAUCAUUCAUAUGAUUUUUAUGAUUUAUAUUCGUAGACAAAGCUUUUUUUAGAUGAUUUGUAUUUGAUUUUUGUGAUUUGUUCUUUGAUUGAAAUGAAUCAAUAAUAUUGUUGAUUGUUAGGGUUUAGGUAGAAAAACAGUGAAGAAAAACUGAAAAAAAUGGCGUCACCUGUACCGGCGAAAUCGCAACCGCUUCAUAACUUUUCAUUACCGCAUCUAAAAUGGAAGAACCACCGCAGCGGCCGUGGUAGAGUCGCCGGAGACACGUCAUCGUCAUCGCCGCCUCACCGAUCUCCGUCGACUCCUACAUCUCAUCAUCUUAUUCAUCCUCAUCCACCUCAUCUGCAGCAAUCGUCACCGUACGUUUCACGGCGGCCGUCACCUCUGCACAAGCAAUCGCCGAUGCGAGAUUCCGAGUCGGAAUCUGAACAAAACGGCGUCGUUCCGAUCGGAAAACCUAGCGGAAAAACAGUUUAUGAGAAAUCAACAAAAUCGUCAAAAUUAACAAAAGUUAUAAAACCGAUCGAUGUUAGUAAGGGAAAACGAUCGAGUAAUAAGAUCUGUAUUCGUCUCCGGAAGAAUAACGGCAACGUGAAGCAUGGCGACGCCGUGAUAACGGCAAACCAUUCGUCAACACCAGUAGAAGCGGAAACCGGAACGGGAAUGUUUACGGAAACGGAAGCUGAAACCUCCGUGAUGCAGUCGUCAGCAGCGGAAGAAGAAGAAUCAGCACCGAAGAUAUGGAAUCUGAGGCCUAGAAGACCGCCGAUGAACCACAAGCAGUUUACCGGCUCACUGAAGAUCGGUUCAUCACCAUUGCCGGAGAAUAGAUAUUUUCAUGGGAGUAGUUCUUUUAAAGAAGCUUUAGAUUCGAAGUAUAUUGAUCAUAACAUUCUAUCGACGUCGAAGAAGAUAAAAUUCUCGAUUUCACUCUCGCGUGAUGAGAUCGAAGAGGAUAUAUUUUCAUUAACCGGAUUGAAACCUUCUCGCCGGCCGAAAAAGAGACCGAGAACCGUCCAGAAACAACUCGAUACGUUGUUUCCUGGAUUGUGGUUGGGGUCUAUAACUGCUGAUUCAUACAAAGUUUCUGAAGGUACUCCAAAGGUAUGAUAAGGGCUGGAUCUAGCAGCUGGAGGGUUGUUUUUUUGGUAAAAGUUUGAAGAUUCAUAACGUUUUUGGAAGGUAUGGAAGAACCCUAAUUUGUAUAGGUGAGUUCGAGAAUAAUCCAUCUUCUUGUCGGUGUCCGUAUGAUUUAUUUGAAGUUUGGUUACAGCUCAAUCUUCAUUCUUGUUUUAGACAUGAUUUUAUAAUAUGAUUAUACUAGGUUAUAACCCCGUGUAUUACACGGGUUGAAUAAA